GGCCGGCUCCCCCCACAGCCGGGGCAGGGGACCCCAGUGCGGGGGGUGGCCGGCCAGGUUCCCCCCUCCCCCGCUCGCACUCCCUUCCCAGGGCUCCCCCCAGCAGGGAGAGUCCGGCCAGCCUUCCCUAGGGUCCCCCACCCCCCGAGCCCCCCUGCCUGCCCUGGGUUUGUUUACAUCUCGGCAUCCAUGGCUGGACCUUCCUCCUCCUCCCCGGGACCUGACACAUGCGUUGAGUGUUGCAGUUUUAACGUGGCUGCUCAUAGCGCUUUGGAAUCCUGUCCUUUCAAGAAAAAGUACUUGCUAUGCAGCUUUCCUUUAUCUUUUGGGUGUAUGCCUUGAUGAGAUUCAAGAUCCGCUACUUAAUAUAAUAGCUCAUGUAUACGGGGGGUGGAGGGGGGAGCAAUUAGUCGGAGAUUUCCCUGCCGAUUAACAGCACUGCAACAUGUAGCUUUAUCGUACUGUAGUUGGUUGGUGCAGGAAAAUUGUGUCCUGCCUCUUUAAAUCCUGAAACGCGUGGAGUUUAAAUAAAUUGGCUAGAAAGCUUUUGCUACCCACCCCUCGCCCCCACUGAGGAGUCUGUAUUCAGCAAGUGCCCAUGUGGGAGCUUAGAGCGCAGGCAGCCUGAAAGGAGCCGGAAAUAUGUUACAUUGAUGUUUGGCAUAGCUGCAGUCAAGUUAAAGAGAGAGCUUGAUGCCACAGCAACGGUAUUGGCUAACCGACAAGAUGAAAGCGAGCAGUCUAGAAAAAAGCUUAUUGAGCAAAGUCGUGAGUUCAAGAAAAACACUCCAGAGGACCUGCGCAAACAGGUAGCUCCAUUAUUGAAGAGUUUCCAGGGGGAGAUUGAUGCAUUAGGUAAAAGAAGCAAAGAAGCAGAGGCAGCCUUCUUGAAUGUCUAUAAGAGAUUAAUUGAUGUUCCAGAUCCAGUUCCAGCUCUGGAUCUAGGACAGCAGCUUCAGCUGAAAGUCCAGCGCAUGCAUGAUAUUGAAACAGAGAACCAGAAACUUAGGGAAACUCUAGAGGAAUACAACAAGGAAUUUGCUGAAGUGAAAAAUCAAGAGGUUACAAUAAAAGCGCUUAAAGAGAAAAUCAGAGAAUAUGAACAGACUCUGAAGAACCAAGCAGAGAAUAUAGCCCUUGAAAAAGAACAAAAAUUACAAAAUGACUUUGCAGAGAAGGAGAGAAAGUUGCAAGAAACACAGAUGUCGACAGCCUCGAAGCUGGAGGAGGCCGAACACAAAGUUCAAGCUUUACAAACAGCCUUGGAAAAAACUCGGACAGAAUUGUUUGACCUGAAAACAAAAUAUGAUGAAGAAACUACUGCAAAGGCUGAUGAAAUUGAGAUGAUCAUGACGGACCUUGAACGAGCAAAUCAGAGGGCAGAGGUGGCUCAGAGAGAGGCAGAAACCUUAAGGGAGCAGCUCUCGUCAGCUAACAAAUCUCUCCAACUUGCUACACAGAUCCAGAAGGCACCUGAUGUGGAGCAGGCCAUAGAGGUGCUGACGCGAUCUAGCUUGGAGGUGGAACUGGCUGCAAAAGAACGUGAAAUUGCCCAGCUCGUAGAAGAUGUCCAGAGACUCCAAGGCAGCCUCACCAAACUUCGUGAGAACUCCACCAGCCAGAUAUCACAGCUGGAGCAGCAGCUGACUGCCAAGAACAGCACACUUAAACAACUGGAAGAAAAACUGAAAACACAGGCUGACUAUGAAGAGGUUAAGAAAGAAUUAAAUAUACUGAAGUCCGUGGAAUUUGCACCCUCUGAGGGCUCUGGUGCACAGGAUGCAUCCAAACCACUGGAGGUGUUGCUGCUGGAGAAAAAUCGCUCAUUGCAGUCUGAGAACGCCACACUGCGUAUCACUAAUAGUGACCUGAGCGGGUCAGCCAGGAGAAAAGGGAAAGACCAGCCUGAGAGUCAGCGUCCUGCAACCUUGCCGGCCUCCCCUUCUUCUCAGUUGCUCCGCAACACAGGGGAGCAGGCUUCCAAUACUAAUGGUACACACCAGUUCUCACCAACGGGUUUAAGUCAAGACUUUUUCAGCUCAUCCUUGGCAAGCCCCAGCUUACCCCUGGCCUCCACAGGAAAAUUUGCACUAAACUCUCUCCUCCAGCGACAGCUAAUGCAGUCCUUCUACUCCAAGGCAAUGCAGGAAGCAGGAAGCACAAGCAUGAUUUUUUCAACAGGUCCUUACAGCACAAACUCCAUAUCUUCCCAAAGUCCAUUACAACAAAGUCCGGAUGUUAAUGGCAUGGCCCCAUCUCCCAGCCAGUCAGAAAGCGCUGGGAGCAUCUCCGAAGGCGAGGAGAUAGACACAGCAGAAAUUGCACGUCAGGUGAAAGAGCAAUUGAUCAAGCACAAUAUUGGACAGCGGAUAUUUGGACAUUAUGUCUUGGGACUGUCACAAGGGUCUGUGAGCGAGAUACUAGCCCGGCCAAAGCCAUGGAAUAAACUGACUGUGAGAGGCAAGGAGCCAUUUCACAAGAUGAAGCAGUUCCUCUCAGAUGAGCAGAACAUCCUGGCGCUACGGAGCAUCCAGGGUAGACAAAGAGAGAAUCCAGGCCAGAACCUGAACAGACUAUUUCAGGAAGUACCGAAACGAAGAAAUGGGUCUGAAGGUAACAUCACCACAAGAAUCCGAACCACAGAGACUGGCUCUGAUGAAGCCAUCAAAUCCAUUCUAGAACAAGCCAAAAGGGAGCUGCAAGUACAGAAAACAGCUGAGCCGGCUCAGCCACCUUCUGCAUCUAGCAGUGGCAAUUCUGAUGAGGCCAUUCGAUCCAUUCUGCAACAAGCCCGACGUGAAAUGGAAGCACAGCAGGCUGCCCUUGAACCUGCCUUAAAAACAACACCUUUGUCUCAAGCCGACAUUUCCAUCUUGUCCCCAAAACUAAUAUCUACACCUGCAAUGUCAUCAGUUUCCAGUUAUUCUCCAUUGGCCUUGUCACUGAAGAAACAUUCAGCUGUCAUGGAUUCUAAUAUAUCUGCAUUGCAGAACCUCUCUGGGCUAAAAAAGGAGCACCAAGAAACACCAGUUUUAGAGCUUCAUGGAAUAACUGAUUCUGCACAAGGUGUGCUGAGGCAUGUUAAAAAUGAAUUGGGACGUAGUAGUGUUUGGAAGGACCAUUGGUGGAACACUGUUCAGCAUGACAGAAGAAAUACCACUCUUUCUGAAGAUACAAAGGUCGAGGAAGCCAGCAGUGGAAAAGAAAAGGUCAGCAACCAGACAAGGUCAGAUCGUAGCCAACUCCAAGGACCAUCCUCUUCAGAAUACUGGAAGGAGUGGCCAAAUGCUGAAUCUCCAUAUUCCCAGAGCUCUGAAUUGAGCGUUACUGGGGCAAGCCGCAGUGAGACACCACAAAAUAGCCCCCUUCCUUCCUCUCCUAUUGUACCUAUAUCAAAGCCAUCCAAACCCUCAGUUCCUCCAUUGACACCUGAGCAGUAUGAGAUUUACAUGUACCAGGAAGUGGAUACAAUAGAACUAACUCGUCAGGUCAAAGAAAAGCUAGCAAAGAAUGGCAUCUGCCAAAGGAUCUUUGGGGAAAAGGUGUUGGGCCUGUCUCAAGGGAGUGUCAGUGACAUGCUCUCCAGGCCAAAGCCAUGGAGUAAAUUGACGCAAAAAGGCAGAGAACCAUUUAUUCGCAUGCAACUCUGGUUGAAUGGUGAGCUGGGACAGUGUGUCCUGCCUGCACAAGGACAGCAACAAGGACAAGUCCUCCACUCGGUGACAUCACUGCAGGAUUCCCUACAGCAGGGAUGUGCAAGCUCAGAAAGCACUCCAAAGACCUCUGCCAGUUGCAGUCCUGCUCCUGAGUCUCCUAUGAGUUCCAGUGAAUCAGUGAAGAGUCUGACUGAAUUGGUACAGCAACCCUGUCCUGCUAUAGAGACAAGUAAAGAUGGCAAACCUCAAGAAUCAAGUGAGCCACCUGUUCCUGAAUCCCAGUCGACAACACCUUUGCCUCUCUCGGGCCAUUCAGCACUUAGCAUUCAAGAACUGGUUGCUGUCUCUCCUGAAUUGGACACAUAUGGCAUUACGAAGAGGGUUAAAGAGGUGUUAACAGACAACAACCUUGGUCAGCGUUUGUUUGGGGAGACAAUCCUAGGGCUAACGCAAGGCUCAGUCUCAGACCUUCUGGCUCGCCCAAAGCCCUGGCACAAAUUGAGUUUGAAGGGACGGGAGCCCUUUGUCCGCAUGCAGCUGUGGCUAAAUGAUCCCAACAAUGUGGAGAAAUUGAUGGAUAUGAAGCGAAUGGAGAAAAAAGCCUACAUGAAACGACGGCACAGCUCAGUUAGUGACAGUCAACCUUGUGAGCCCUCUUCAGUUGGAAUAGACUAUAGCCAGGGAGCCAGCCCACAGCCACAGCAUCAGCUAAAGAAACCACGAGUAGUGCUAGCACCAGAAGAGAAAGAAGCUCUAAAACGAGCAUAUCAGCAAAAGCCAUACCCAUCGCCAAAAACAAUUGAGGAACUCGCUACACAGCUCAACUUGAAAACCAGCACAGUGAUCAACUGGUUCCACAAUUACAGAUCUCGCAUCCGUCGAGAGCUGUUCAUUGAAGAAAUCCAAGCAGGAAGUCAGAGCCAGGCUGGAUCAAGUGACUCUCCUUCAGCCAGAAGCAGCAGAGCGGUUCACAGCUCUGAGGGAGACAGUUGUGAUGGUGUGGACACAGAAGGCCCACCUGAAGGAAAGCAAAGUGGUCUGGAGGCGGACGAGUACAGCAAUGCAACCACAAAGUCUCAGGGAGGGCAAGCAGAGUCGGCUUUUGAAGUGGGGGAAGAGGUACCACAAGAUGCCAGAACAUCAGAGAAAACAGAGUCUUUCCAUUUGGGAAUGGAGAGCCUGGAGGAUACUGAUGAUGAGGGUAGGCUCAAAGCACCACGUCAGAGUUCUCCGCCAGGGUCUCAAAGUUCAGGAGAAACUCUGGAGACAAUGCCAAACUCUGCUACAGAAGAGGAUGCCUCUACCUCAGCUGCCUCCACCUCAGUCCUUACAGGGGAGAGCUCCUUCAAGUCAAAAGAAAGUUCCGAGAAAAUGUUGAGUGUGCCAAGUACAAGUUCCACAUUGGCUGCAGGCUCACAGAAAGCCAACUCUAUUCAGAGUUUAUUCAGCUUUUCCGAGGCAGCAAGGUCCAAGAACACGCGGGACAACACCUUGAGGAAAAAGAAAGCAGCAAACUUGAACAACAUAAUACACCGUUUAGAGAAGGCCGCUAGUCGAGAAGAGCCCGUCGAAUGGGAGUUUUGAGAUUAAACUCACCCAACUCUAGAGAGCUGGGAAAGUUAAACUGGACCUCUACUGGUUUUAUUGUGUUGCGCACUUACCGCCCUGCAGGCCACAGGGCAAAAACGCCAUAGGCCAAGGUGCAUAUAGAAAACAAAAGGAGCGUUAAGCCCAAUUUAUGUUUGUGUUUUCAAGGAAGAAAACUGAAAUGUGUGGUCAAGCUUUUUUGUACCCUGAAGUGUUUUUAUUAAUGCCCUAAGUGAUUUCCACAAUUUCUGGAAUAACUCAUACAGCUUUGCCUUGUGCCCUCCUCUUUGGUGUGGGCUUUAAAAAAACAAAAACAUAAAAAAAAAAAAUCAAACCCACAUAUUUAAAGGGGGCUUUUUAUCUGCCAUCUAAUGGCUACAGAGCGAUAAUACACUAUUAUCUUCUUAAACCAGGAAAAAAGGGGAGAUUUUUCAAAAAGGAAAAAUAAAAAGUUUUUUGUAGCUGUUCAGUUGCCACUAAGAGAUUGCACAGUCAACCGACUCUAAACACACUAGUUUGGAUUCCUAAAUAUUUUCAAGAAAAGAAAAGAAUCGUGUUGUUUGAAACUUUGAAUUAAAAAAAAAAACACAUUUACUCCACAUAUUUUUUAACAAAACAAAAAAAGUCACAUCAGGAAAAUAUCUUAAUUUGUGGUAGCUGACUUAGUGUUUUCUUGUAAGUGAAAUAGAAUAUUGACACGUAGUGCACAUUGUUUCAUAGCUUUAACUGAUUCUGGUCUUUUGCAGACCAGAAUUUGUUUAAUACACUCCAUUUUAGGCCAAAUCAGGACAAAAAAAAAAUCUGAAUCUAGGUAUUUUAUAAUCUGCUUUUUAACCUCUAACCACAGAGCACGCUGAUCAGACCUCAUAUCCAGGAGGUUUAGGAGACAACUUAGAAUAGCAUGUACUUGAUCAUUUCAUUUGAAUUGUGGUAUAUCUAGUACCUUUUUGUUAAAGAAAGAGAAAUGAAAAAAGUUGGCCAGUAACAUUUCAGCCUGCAGCUCUGGGGACAUAUUUUACAACCUGUAGCAUUCAACUAACCUGAAAUCAGUUAAAGUUUCAUUUACAUGUGUAACAGAUGUCACACACCACGAAGAAGGAAUUGGGCCUGCCUCAGAUGAAGAGAUGUCUUCCUCCAAUAGGUAGCCAUUUACUGACUCUCUUCCCACCACAAGCACUGAUUUAAAUGUUUUAGUUUGUGGGAAGUUUGUUUGUGUAGAAAAAGAAUACGUUGCAGGUAUCAGAUGGGCUGUGACCAAGAUGUAAAUAGCCCAAACUCCAAACCAAAAUAUUCAUGCUCUUGAAUCCCAGUCCAGACUAUUCCGCCCUUCAGAAAUGUAGCCUCUUCAGAUUAUUUUAUGCACAGCGUAAAACUUUUGAUCAAAGUACAAAUCAAAUUCUCACUUGUCUCUGACUCCUCCUGUUGUCUAUAUGUAUAUGCGUGAGCAUAGAGGUGUGUGGAAGGAUGUGUGUGCGUGAGUGUGUGCGUGCAAUUUUAUACGUCUGUGUAUUUUCUUAUGUACUUGUGCACACAUAGAGUGCAUUACUGCCACCUUUUUUCAAUAAGCUGUUUUAUCAGUUAUGGCUUCUACAAGUUUGCUAAUUUAGACUCCUUUAUUGCCAUAUCUUUAAAACUAACAAUAGAUGAUUUCGGUAUAUAUAUAUAUAUUUUUUUUUGCUUAUUUAUAGGUGCUGUAUUUUAUUAUCUGAUUGUUAGGAAGGGAUGAAAGGGGGCAAAUAUUCUUUAGAGGGAUAGACUGCCGGCAGUAUUGGGUAUAAUUUACAAGAUGUAGUUGUCAUACUGUAUAUUAUUGAUUGAAGACUUUUUGACCGUAUUGUGUAUCAUUGAAACCUUUGUCUUAGGUCAGCAUCUUUUGAUGACACUUUAAUGGUGCAUUCAUUACUUUUUAAGUUUAAUUAAUAUUACUUUUUUGAUUUUGGGGGGUGGGGAGAGGAGUUCCAAUUUUAAAGGUAUGCUCCCAAUAUUACACCUCAGUGUGCUUGUAUUAAUUAACUAGUAGGACUUUGACUGUACGAUGUGAACCCACAUUUCUUGCAUGAUGUUUUAGAAAUUAUGUAUUUCAUUUACAGUCUCAACGUGCAACAGCAGCACUUAGUUCAAGUUUUCACAAAUUAAGAGUCACUACACUUAAAAAAAAAAAAAAAAAAAUAGCCUUUUCAUGAACACGAAAAGAAGGCUCUAGGAGGCUGAAAGGCAGAGAUUUAUUUAACUGUUUUUACUGUUACAGUCAUUUCAAAUUACCUGCUUGGGUAACCAGAGAUUUAGCUUGUGGUGCACAACUCAAAUUUGAUAAACAGAGACAGCAACUGGCCCUUUCUGUGGUGAGCGAAGACAAAAUUUGGAACAUGUGAUCGCACCAUCUAGAAUCACUGUGACUUCUUUAUAGGGACAUAAAGUUUAGCUGAGAAAACUUCCAGCCAACGACAUGGUAAAUCAAAACAUUACCAUUAGAAAUCUUCUGUUCACCACAGUGUCUCCUUACAAGCAAAUGUUUUGAUUUGAUUUAUAAAACACAACUCUGUUUAUGAAUGUGUGUCCCAUUCAAAUAUAUGUACCUGAACAUGAGUAAUAACAAAAUAUAAACAUCUUCAGUUCAGCCAAGAGACAGAACUUUUAAUUUUCUUACAUUUUCUUGAUAUUUUCUUACAUUCUAACUUAAUCAGUUUCCUUUGUUUACUUUAGAACAAUAUAUUUGCCAUGUGUUGCCACCCUCUGUUUCUAUCAGGUUGAGAUCUGGGUGCUUGAUGCAGUCAAGUGGUUAAAUUUUGCUUGCUUGUAGGGUGUUUUUUUUUUUCUUCUAUUUAUUAUUUUGCUUAAUUAAGGUCCCCAGACCUGUUGUGGAAUAAGUGUGUGUCUUUAUUGCAUUCAAUAAUGCUUACUGAGAGCUGUCACUGAAAGCAAAAUUUUAUUUACAGCAUGAACCCAAAUGCAGCAUUAAGGGUUAAUCUCUCUUCUUGAUAAGCAAUACUUAAGUGCCUUCAAAAGUUUCCUUUUUGUUCUUUCGUUUUGUAGUUUUCAGGUUUCUGCUAAUUACAUUAGAGGAGCCAAACACUCAAAAGUGUCUGCUUAUUUUUGUUAAUGCUAUGUCAGUUUUCAAAAAGCGUAUUUGUAGCUCUCUUGUAGAGGAUGUGUUUCCUUUAUAACACUAACAGUUAAUUGUAAACUCCAUUAUACCACUUACAAUGCAUAGAAUUUUGUUGAAUGAAGACAGCAUUCAUAAGUCACCCCAUUCUGCCAAGGGUUGUCAUCAGUAUUUAUUGUAAAAUUAGUAAGAUAAAAUGCUCUUGGUAUUCCCUAUAUUUUGGCACUUUAUUAAUGCUUUAGUUCCUUUUGUCAUUUCAUGCAUAAUGUCAUAGGUAAAAAGUAUGUAAAACUAUUAGAAUGCCAUUGGGAUGACUCCAGACUUCCAAUUAGGAAUCACGUUACAGUUCUUUGACAGAUACCUUACCUUACUCUCCUGUUUGGAGAUUUUUUUCCUUACUAGUUUUCCAAAUUGGCAAGACCUCCCUGGUUGAAAAAGGGUUAAAUUGCAUCUGUGGUGAAUGAUUUUUAGCUAUAUUUCUUCAUGCUAAUGAAGUAUGUUUGAAAUUAAUGUUGUUAGGAAAAUUAGUAUUACACUCCUAGUCUUCAUUGCUUCAUAAAGAGCUACUGGAGAAGUAAUGUAAAAAGAGUUGGACUCUUCAAUGCUUUUCAGUCAUUGAUUAGUUGAGAGUAACAAAGGUGAAAGGUGGUAUAAGGUGCCGCGUGUUCAACAUGUGGGGCUGUUCUCUAUGCAUAGUUGUUUUAUAGAGUUAAAAAGACUGAAAAGCGAGCUCUUGCUGCAGGCAUGCUGUUCAGUACUUUUCCAGAUAGAUAAACGUGCAUAUAUGUCUCUAGCAUUACAGGUUUUCUGCAGACUGUUUCCAUUUUUAUGUUCUUUAAAAGCAUUUUUUAAAAACCUUUGCUUCUGUUUACAGUUCAGACUUUCUCUAAAGCAAUGGAGGGAUAGGCCUCAGGCUGUUUUAACCAAUAUUUUUAUACUGCAGGAAAAAUUUUUAUCUCUGGAUGGGUAGUGCAAAAAGGAGAGGACAAUACUGAGAUUUAACUAAGUGUGAUGGUCUCUUAUUAUUGUGUUAAUGGAGAGCGGAUGAAGCAUGCCUGUUGAUUAUAAUUGUUCCAUUUUUAUAAAUACGAUUUCCUUUAUCCAUGGAAUCACAAGAUUUUCUUACUGAUAACAAAACCCUUUUUCUUUUGUUAAAGUAGCUAUUGAAUGCCAUGGAACUCAAUCAUUUUAGUUUAGCUUGCACUCCUGCAAAAUUUAUAAAUAGACUUUGUGGGUAGAGUCACUCCUUAAGGAGCCUUGCAUUGGUGUGUUCUAUCCAUAUCAUCUGUCAAAUGAGCUGUUUAAUAAUAAGCUCUUUACUAGAAUAAGAUAUCUCUAAAAGUAAAAAUCGCAUGCCUUUCUCAUUAGCUAAGAGCAGGUUUCAGAGUAACAGCCGUGUUAGUCUGUAUUCGCAAAAAGAAAAGGAGGACUUGUGGCACCUUAGAGACUAACCAAUUUAUUUGAGCAUAAGCUUUCGUGAGCUACAGCUCACUUCAUCAUCCGAUGAAGCUCAUCAUAGCUCACGAAAGCUUAUGCUCAAAUAAAUUGGUUAGUCUCUAAGGUGCCACAAGUACUCCUUUCCUAUUAGCUAAGAGGUUUUUGCAUUAAUUUUUAACAUAACCUUCAUGUGGGGACGAUACAGAGAAGGGGUUAAUGAACACUACAGAAUUCUAUGCAAUAUUCUCUAGUCCUCAUUAUUUUAAAAUAUUACCAUUUUGCUAUCUUUUAAAAGUGAAAACAGCGAUCUAGAGGAAAAGUGCAUCAUCCCAGUGUUAGCUCAAGUGAAAUUAUAAUGCUGAUUAAUUUAAAUAAAUUAGAGUUAGGGGAAAAUCUGACAGAAUAAUGUGAUAAAUAUGAUAAAAAAAAAAAAAAAAAGAUAGCAGUCCCCACUAGCAAUGCUGCAGUCCAGGGUCUGUCAGAGUUUCCAUCUUAAAAUCCCUAAUUUCAAGGGUUUUAGAACUCUGCUAUAAAAUGAAAAAAAUUGCUCUUGGCAAGAACUUGGUAGUUUAGAAAUGGAAAAACAUUUUGACCAUAUUUAAAUUAUAAAAAUACCAAAAAAGUAAUUGGUUUCAGAUGCAUUUUUGCACUUAAAUCCAAAACAGCUUCCUCAUUUAAACUGAAAUGUCAUUAGUAAUACGGACUAAUGCCUUUAGCGGGGUUGCUAAGAAAUCAACAGUGUUAUGUAGCAAAGUGAUUCGUUGCAAAUACAAUAAAUAAAUACAUUCAUAAAGAUUUUUGACAUGCAGAUGGAGGGUCCAUUUGUUCCUUCUCUUUUCUAUCUUUGCUUUCCUUUUAAGCAAGUGAGUUCUUUAAAUCAUCUCUCUUGCUUAUAUUACAGCCCAGGUAUAUCUCUAUGUAUACUGGGUCUUAAAAUCACUCCAUAUACGGUACUUGAGUUCCAUAGGUUCUAAUUCUGACGAUUUAAUGGAGAUCGUAAGAAAGAGAGAGGAACAAAAGGUGUCACUUGGUCUAAGGCCUAAUCUUAUGUCCAUUGAAGUCAAUGGAAAGUCUUUCCUUUGACUUCAGUAUUUGUUCAGCCCCUAACAAGACAGGCUGCUUAUAUCUGAUCUUCCACAGUUUAACUUAUACAGACAUAACAAGUGUAAAACACAGCAUUCAGUUUAAUUUACUAUUAUGCUAGGCCUUCCAGUUUCCAUGGCACUUUCUGUGGUCCCUCUAGCCAAGCACUAACAUGUUUUCCUCCAUGUCAUACAUAUAAUCAAACAGUUUUAAAUUAAAGAGCUUGUAAAAAAAAUUCUGUAUAAAUACAAGAUUUUCAAAAAGUACCAAACAACUUAAAAUAUAACUCCAAAUUACUUUAAAUAAUGAAAAUAAACAUGAGCCUGGGAGAGCAGGGUUUCAUUCUUGGCUCCGUCAUUGUGGUGACCAUGGCCAAGUCACUGCCUCUCUGUGCCUCAGUUUCUCCAUCAGUAAAAUGGGGAUCGUGAUACUGACCUCUUUUGUAAAGUGCUUUGAGAUCUAUGGAUGAAAAGUACUAUAUGAGAGUUUGGUAUGUAUUAUUCAUCAAAAAUUGUUUUAUUUUCCUUCCCUAUUCAUUUUUAUGGCUUUAAUAUAGUUAAUAUUGAAUAAACCAUGUAUUAAAUAUAUGUAACAAUAGACUUUAAGAAAAAUAAAUCCAUUGUUACCAUAUGUAUCCAGGUACUUACUUUUAUGGCCUUUAUCACCCCAGUAUCUGAGCUGCUAAAUUUUGUGUGUAAUGCAAUAUGCCAUAUCCUAUUAAUAUACAAUGAUUAAAAGACCCUUCUUUGGGGAGGGUCAACUAUAGGCUCCUGUAGUCCUUAAAAACCCAGUUAAGCCCUGAAAAUACAUCUUAAGUGGUGCUUUGGUUUUGUGAUGACCCUCAGCACAGUGAUGAAUUUCACCUUGUUCUUUGGCAUAUGUGAAAUAAAUUAUUUGGUCUCAGGUCAGUUCCUCGUAGAGAAGUGUUCACGUCCCAAAAAUUAACCACACAACUUUUUACUAAUUGGUAUCCUUAUUAGCAUCCUCUGUAAAGGCCAAGAAUUGAUUGGCCAUGGAGACUAAACACCCUUCUCGCCCCUUCUAUGUCAGGCCCAAGGCAUGCUGACGCAGAGGGGGAAGCGUGCACUGCUGUACCUGUUGUGUGGGUGAAAAAUGGACUUGAGUCACCAGGAUUGUCAGUUCAUCACCAUUCAUGAGCAUGUUCAGGCACAAAAAUGUGUAGAAGAAACAAUAUCUACUUUAAAAUUAUGCUCUGAUUAUUUAAUCUUUUAUUUUUUGACCGAUGUUUGCCAAAGGACAAGUUUUGCCAUCAUACAAGCAUGCAACUCCCAUUGACUUCAGUCGAAAUAAUGCGUGUCCAAGAGCACAAUCUAGAGCUCUUUCUAGAUUCUUUCUAUUACUAAAUCUGGUGACUUUGCUGUAUCAGUUCAGUUUCUCUAUUAAACUGAACCCGUCAAGUGAGCCCUGACCAUAUAAAAGUUAAAUGACAAACAGUCAUAUUAGGAAACUACCAUAAAUACUAACUGCUGUCCCACUUCCCCCACUCCAUCCAUUAGAGGCAUAUCUGUGGCUGUUCAUUUUAUUUUUGGAGAUAUUUGUACUACCAAGUAAAGUACUCAUCCAAAGAUCCACAGAAAGUGGAGAAGAAUCCCAGGAAUUUCCUGAAGUAAUGGUGACAGGAGUUCUUCGCAUAGUUACUGUGUAAUUUUGUGGUAAUGUUUGCAACAGCACAAUCUUUCUAUUGGUAACAAUAAUAAUAUGUUAAUUGUGUUAUCACCUUCUAGCUGUGCGGGUCAAUAAUAUGCAUUUUUUAAAGUUUUUAAACAUGUAUACUUACACUAUUCCUGUUUGGAAAAGUUCCUAAAUAUGUAGCAUAUUUACAGUUUAGGCCUUAGUGGCUCAGUAAGGAAUUGCUAUAGUCUAUCAGAUAAAUUAUAUGCUUUGGGGCAUGGGUGGAUGGCAGGUUUAAAAAUGUUAUUUACAUGCUAAUGUGUAUAUUAAUGCAUAGAGUGCCAUUUUCCCACUUGCUAGGCAAAAUCCACGUUGCAAGAAAGUGACUGCAGGCUUUUGAGGGAUCAGAUUGUUUGACCAUGCAGGUUUAAUUAACAUGAAAAAUAAAAAGUUCACAUUUAGAAUACACAAAAAUAAUGUCAAGGGUCUGGCUGAAAUGUACAAAAGCUAGAUAAUUUAGAACUAAAGAUGAAAUUUAGAACUAAAGAUGAAACGUCCUAAACUCACCCUGUAACUGUGUGUAAAUAAGUUUUGCUCUGAUAUGGCUAUCGGGAACCUCAUGCACUAAGCACUCUUACAUGUACAGUAUGAGCUGUUAUGCCUACGUACCGUACGGUCAGUUAAAGGGAGCAGCAUUCCCUCCUUUACAAAAAUGAUUUUUAUUUUGCAAACUCUGUAUAUUGGUAGGUUUUAAAAAAGGAAGAAUUUUUCAGUAAACUAAACCAAGUGACAAAUCAAAACCAGCAGUUCACCUCUGGUGCCCCUGCAGGCUGAAAAUUCUACUUCUGAGGUGUAUAUAAUUGAAAUUGCAUAUUGUAAGUUCCUCACGGGACUUUGAUUACUUUGAAGGAGCAAUAUAUUUUUAAAAAACUAAGCAUUUAACUGGCUUUAUAAAUCCAAUCCUACAUAUGUGGAACUAAAAAAAAAUAGAUCUCCAUGUGUUAUAAGACUGGUACUCUGUCAGGGUUCACUCUGCAUUUCUCUGGCUUUUGUUAGUUUCCAUUAGACCCUUACUGCUAUUUUAAUGUAUUAUUUGUGUGUAAAUUGAUUAGCUUUAAAAAAAAAAGUGUUUCCAAAGCACCUAGUUACCUCUGAAUAGCGAGUAUAAUAUAUACAGUAAGUGUUCUAGGUAAACUAGCUUAAAGGAGGGCAGGUGAAGAAUAAGCAACACGACUAUGUUGUGCUGUCGGGUGGGUUUUGUCUCUCCCCACUUUCCCCUCCAUAAGAGGCUUCCAUUCCUUUUUCAUCCUCCCUGGGAAUGAAGAAGGUCUCAGAUUUCCUGUUUGUUUGUUUGUUUAUUCUUUGCGGGGGGAUGUUUUUAGAUUAUUUUGAAAUGUUUUUAGUUUAAGCAAUAUUAUCACACAAUUUCCUAGCAGUGUUUAGCCUGUACGUCUUUCAUAAAACAUGCUAUUUAUCAAACUCCCUGCAAUCAGAAAGAUACGGUGCCUUCUCUCCUCAUCUCUUCCUCGAGAGUGACCUGUAGCGCACAGGGACCUAGACGUCAGCACACGCAAAAGCCUACUUUUUAUUUCCGAAAAAAAGACCAGUCAAGGCGCAUUUCCGUAGCCCCGGGUUACUGGUCCCUUUGAUAAAGAGCACUCAAUACUACCAUGCAUUUAAAGCUUUGUGCAAUAGAAGUUCUAGUUUUAUAUUUAGGAGCUAACACCCUGUACACCCAAUGUAGGCAAAUGUAAGCUUUACUCUAGGAGGAUUCAGGUGACUGAAGAGUAUAUUCACACUGGUUAUAUUUGCAUGAUGAAAUUUUGGAAUAAAUAGUCCACCAUUAUGCAACAAUGUCUCUUACACUCAUAACAAGAGUCUCUCAAAAAUCAUACUAAUGGUCUCUCAGUGAGCAUUUAAAAAACUUGAUUGGUCAAGCACCCAUGUGAUCUCCAGCUAUGGCUAACUUUUAUCAUGUUCUUACAUAACUUUAAAAUAUGCACAUAACGUGUUCAUUUCAACUUCCUUAGCCAUAUCAUCUUCAAAUGGUGAUAUGCCAUAAGGUCAUUCCAGUCUUACUGGGACUAGUGAAGAAUAGGGUUUUUGUCCUCUACAUCACACUCCUACCUCCUCAGUCAGUACUAGCUAGCUUUUGUUUAUUUCUAAAACUCGCUCUUUACACAGCAACAUAUGUCUAAUUAUAUAAAAGUUUUUCAUCAUUAGAACAAAACAAAAUUCUGGUCUUUCCUAUUUCUAGUGAGAUUACUUUAAAAUGCCUUUCAGAGAUUUUUAUAUAUACACAACAGAAGUAUACAUAUCACUUUUUAUUGCUUACACGGACAUAGAUGGUCCAGCACACCAAACUCAUUCUAUUCUGUUCUGUUCAGAAAAAUUGACCUAUUCUGGGAAUUGGAUGGGUUGGCAUGUACUUGACUGAUCAAUACCCAUAUCAAUAUGUUGUGUUUUCUGGAGUAAUCCACUUAAAAAGGACUCUGUAUAAAUGUCUACUAAAUAUUUGUAUUUAAAUAUUAAAAACCAUUUAGUAUUGAGAUUAAAAAGACUCAGUUGUGAGGGAAGAGACUCCGAUAUAAAGAGAGACAAAAAAAUACCCUAAGCCUCCUAGAGCCUCUGUUAAGAUUUCAUGAAGAUGCAAUAUCCCUUUGUUAAGGUACAUUGCAAACUGCUCAAGAGUAUUACUUUAAAACAAGAGAGACUGGGUUCCUACGAUGUUCGUCUUUGUUGGCACGUGUUUUGAUUUCUGCAUUCAUAACUAUUUUUUUCUUACACAUGAAGUUGGUCAAAACAAUCUUGUGCAGCAACAACUUUUCCUGGUAUGAAAUAUGAAAAUACUAGUUGUAAAUUUGUAUCUGUGCUGACGGAGUUGUUUGGUUUCCUUGCAAUGUAGAAACACAUUAAGACAAGCAUUCUGUGGGUAGGUAACAGUUCGAGAGAGAGAGAGAGAGAGAGAGCUGCUUAAACAACAACUGAAAUGUUGCUUUAGAAAUAGCCCUGUUUAUAUGAGAGGGGAAUGUGUCUGCUUGGGGGACAAUGUCAAGGGCCAUCAGUAAGCACUGAACCAGCACUGGCCCAGCAAAAAAGAGCCUUACAGAAGGCAAAGAUGUAAGGAGCUGCAAUUGUUGCAUUGCGCAUCACCUCUUCUGUGGAUUGGAAGCAAACUUGCACUUUGCCUUUUUUUUUGUUUUGUUUUGUUUUGAGGACAUCCCACUAAGAACAUCAGAUUAAUUUUUCAGAAAUAACAUUUUUCCCAAUGCCGUGACAUUCUCCUUCUAGCAGAGGGGGGAAAAGGCCCUACAUUAAACUAUUAGGUAAUUUCUGCUAAAGGUUUUCAUUUCUAUCAGAAUAGUCUAUGCAUUUCUGUGUUGAAAGCUGUUUUCUGCUGUUCCUUUUAAGAAAACAGGCACUGUCUGUCCCACUCUCUGUAAAUGCUCCAAGAAUGUCAAGUGUGUGAAUUUGGACGUUAAAUCCAAAGUAAAUUGAGACUAACUUGUUUGGGAGUGGGGGUGCUUUUGUUUUUUAAAAUUGUUUCCCUCAUGUCCCUUUUCAUUUUUAUUAAGAAAUUAACUCUUUGCAUUUGUGCAAUAACUACUUGCCAUGAUAAUGGGCAGACUUUUGAAAUGAAUGCCCUGACUACUAACACAGCACAAGAUGAACUCAGACAGAUAAAGUGGUGUACUUUUUCCUGAGAACUUUUUUGUUUUUAAAUAAUAAGCUCAGUUUUACCCCCGUGUAUUGUGGUGUCUUACAUUUUUAGCAGUAUUUUAUAUUUUUUCUGUAACGCACUAAGUCUUAGACAUUUUUAGAGCUUGUUUGUUAUGUUCACAAUCACAAAUUUAAAAAAAAAUCCUCACAAAGAACCAAUUGACCAAAAAAGUGUCAUUUUUUUUGUACAAGUAGCUUUGAGAAGCCCACGUUGUGUUGCUGUGACUCAUCUUUUGUAACAUUUUAUUUCUUGGUAUUUGUUUAAACAUAAAAGUAAAAGUUUAUGUGGCUGGCAGUAGCGGGGAAGUGCUCCCUCCGUCAGCAGAAUGGCAUUGUUUCUUCUGUCUUUGUUUGGUUAGCCAUAUAAUGUUUGUUCUCAGCACUGUACAACGGUCCCUAUAUGAUAUGGAGAAGCAAUAUCACUGUAUGAAACUCACAUGAUGUAUUAUUAUUAUUAUUCACUAGCACCCUAGGUGUGAUAAUUGAAGUAAAUAUCUUUUAUACAAACACAA